AUGAAGUUCAUACUCUUCUCUGCGGUAACUCUGCUGGCGACUGCAGCUCUGGCAGGCAAUGCUUGGGAAGCUCGUCACGGCCUCACCUCCUCUGCCUAUCAGGAAACCUUCAACAAUCUUACCAAAGCUGGUUACCGUCUUGACUAUGUCACCGGAUUCGCUGACUUGAAUGGCAAUGCUCGAUAUAACGCCAUCUUUGAAAAGCCCCCUUCCUCCGGCAAGAUUGCUUGGGUGGCUAACCAUGGUGUCACGCGAGAGAAGUACACCGCUGCCUUUAACGAUCUAAAGGCCAAAGGAUACCGUCCCGUGCAUGUCCAGGGAUAUAACGUCGGUAAAUCACCUGCUUCCGGCAAGGACAGACGCUACGCGAGUUUAUGGCACAAGAACACCCCGGCAGUGUCCUGGGAAGAGCGGACGGACGUGUCUGGCGAGAAGUUUACCGAGCUCUUCCAUCAGCUUGUUGGGGAGGGAUACCGUCUCAGGAGCCUCAGUGGAUAUGCAAUUGGUUCUGAACAGCGGUUUUCCGGCGUGUUUGAGAAGACUGGCGGGCCAGAGUGGAAGGCGUAUGCUGGUAUGAGCAGUGACGGGUACCAGACUCGAUUCAACGAGCUGAAGAAGGCUGGCCUUUACCCUGUGCAGAUUAGCCCGUACAAUGUUGGCGGGAAGGUAUGGUACGCGGGUAUUUGGGAGAAGGUGGAUGCGAAGGCUGCAAAGCCGUACACGAGGUAUGGCUUGACGGGGUCAGAGUACCAGGCUUUGUUUAACGAGUGGAGGGGUAAGGGAUACAGACCGACCGUUGUGGCUGGGUAUAUCGAUGGCAAGACUGUCAAGUAUGCGGUCAUCUUCAAUAAACUCAAGUAG